AUGCACGCGGUUGGCCAGCUCUGGCAUUUGAGUGAUGAGGAGGCCAUAUUUGACCUUAGUAGCCAGGUAGCAUACACGGUUCGCUUCAGAAUCCGGCACCCUUCGAAGAAUGAGGAGUAUACGCUCCGCACUCACCAGGAUAGCGCUAUCGAGCGCUGGGAAAAUCCAAUGUAUCGCGCCUGCUAUCAGAAGAUCUUCCGGGGCCGCUGGGAGGAGUAUGACGCGUGGAACGCUGAUUGCCGAUCGAAUGCAAAGACUGAUCUCUAUGCGACUGGAGAAUCCUGUUCGGUCUUUCGCUCCCUUCAGGGCUGGCUUAGUCUAUCGCACACUGGAACCGGUGAAGGCAGCCUACGCCUGGUCCCGAACUUGAAACUGUCCACGUCAUACUUGCUCCUUCGCCCCUACUUCAUCCUGGAGGAACAGUUCGACUGCACAACUCCAUUGUUUCCAGGAGCUCCGCCUGGAAGCCUGUAA